GGCACCCUCAAAAUGGCAGGAAGAUGUGGGCUAGAAACAGAGUGCAGGGCAAGAUUCCUGAAGUUUAUUAUUUGAAAUCGGCCUCACGCUUUCUCCCCGUAGACCUGCGUGUGGUUAUGGGGUUGGCGGUCGGCGGAAAAGCACAAAGGCUGUAAAAUGGAUAUAACGACGGCGGUAUAUAACGCGGCCAGAGAUGGUAAGCUGAAACUUAUCCAGAAGUUGCUGAGCAACAAAACUCCCGAGGAGUUGGAGGCUUUGGCCGAGGAGAAAACCCAAGGAGGCACCCCUCUGUUAAUUGCCUCUCGGUACGGACAUUUAGAGGUGGUAGACUACCUCCUGGAACACUGUAAAGCCAAUGUUGAACUCGGAGGGUCGGUGAACUUUGACGGUGAGACCAUCGAGGGGGCUCCGCCGCUAUGGGCGGCCUCGGCGGCCGGUCACCUCCCCGUGGUCAAAACGCUGCUAAAACACGGUGCCUCUGUGAACAACGCUACGUUGACCAAUUCAACGCCCCUCAGAGCCGCCUGCUUCGACGGGCACCUGGAAAUCGUCCGUUACCUGGUGGAACACAGAGCUGACAUGGAGGUGGCCAACCGCCAUGGCCACACCUGCCUCAUGAUCUCCUGCUACAAGGGCCACAAAGAGAUAGCCAAGUUCCUCCUGGACCGCGGUGCGGAUGUCAACCGUAAGAGCGUGAAGGGCAACACUGCCCUGCACGACUGCGCCGAGUCUGGUAGUCUGGAGAUUAUGAAAAUGUUGCUGAAGUGCAAUGCUCGUAUGGAGAGAGACGGAUAUGGGAUGACCCCACUCCUCGCCGCAAGUGUAACGGGUCACACCAACAUAGUAGAGUACCUUGCCCAUCAGCCUCGCUCCUCCAGAGAAGAGCGUAUUGAUGCACUUGAACUCCUAGGGGCCACUUUUGUGGAUAAAAAACGGGAUCUCCUAGGGGCACUGAGAUACUGGAGGAGGGCCAUGGAAUUGAGACAAGCGGGGGAUAAAGCGGGUCCCCUUGCCAAGCCUCCACCAGGUCCCCCUAUCCCUGCCUAUGAUUGUGCCCAGGAGGUGAGCACUGCAGAGGAGCUGGAAGCUCUUAUCACAGACCCAGAUGAGAUGCGGAUGCAGGCCUUGCUUGUCCGUGAGCGCAUAUUGGGGCCGUCCCAUCCAGACACCUCUUAUUAUAUCCGCUACAGGGGAGCUGUUUAUGCUGACUCUGGCAAUUUUGAACGCUGCAUCAGCCUGUGGAAGUAUGCCUUAGAUAUGCAGCAGAGCAACCUGGACCCCCUCAGUCCAAUGACGGCCUCCAGCUUCUUGUCCUUUGCAGAGCUUUUCUCAUUUGUCCUUCAAGACCGUGCCAAAGGCACCCUGGCAACACGCAUCACCUUCCGAGAUCUGAUGGGUGUGCUGGGGAAAAGUGUUAGGGAAGUGGAGAGAGCCGUGGCCCAGAAGGAUAACGCCCCAGAAGCUCCACAGUUCACCAAGGCCCUCUCCAUCAUCCUCCACCUUAUCUUUCUGCUGGAAAAAAUUGAGUGUAAUCCAGAGCAGGAGCACCAGAAGAAGCAGACCGUGUAUCGUUUAUUGAAGCUGAACCCUCGUGGACGUGGAGGAUUUACCCCUCUCCACAUGGCUGUUGACAAGGAAACGACAUCUGUGGGCCGUUACCCCGUGGGCCGCUUCCCUUCCCACACAGUGGCAUCACUUCUCCUGGAAUGUGGUGCAGACAUCGACUCACGUGACUGUGACAACAACACUCCACUACACAUCGCUGCGGGCAAUGGUUGCCCAGAGAUUAUGGCACUACUUGUGAAAGCAGGAGCUCACUUUGACGCCACAAAUGCACAGAGGAAGACAGCCUAUGAGCUGUUGGAUGAGCAGAGUAGUGGGCACCCAAACCUUUACCCGCUGAACUACAUCACCCUUCAGUGCCUGGCAGCGCGCACAAUUGAGAGGCAUAGACUGCCCUAUAAGGGGCUCAUCUCCGAGGAGAUGGAGGCAUUCAUUGAGCUGCAUUGACCUUUAACUGUCCCCUAAACUUUACUAUUAAUGAGGCAUCCUUCUCAUAUUGUCUGUCCACGUACCUAACUACUUAUUGUAAACCCUCUCCACAGCAUUCUACUCAUCCCCCUCUCGGCUUGAUCCCCUCUCCUCUCAUUUUCCCUACCAGUACCAUCCCUGCCUUUUGUCAUAAACCACAGCAAUAAACCACCUGGUCUCCAGACUUAAAUCUGUGGGUGAGAGCUGUUCAAUUGUCUCUUAUCUAUUAUUAAGUCAUGGAUACUUAAACAGUAAUGCUAGGUUUUAACUGCUAUUUGAAGCUGGGCGAAACUUAAGUUCAGUGUAAGCUUUAAUGCUUUUUCUUCAUUUUUCUCCCAAAUUAAUGGGAAAUUCUUACACUAUAGUGGUGCCUGAGUGUUUUUGUUGGUGGUUGGCUUGUGUGAAAGAUGGGUUUUGUUAUUGAUAGGAAAUAUUGACCUCAUUUAAGCAGAUAGCUUGCAUGACAGAAUGAAAAGUUAACAUGAUGGCUUGUUCGGUUGAUCAGUUGAGCUACUAGUGGAAAAAGAUCAAUUUGAAUGAUCGAAAUCAUUCAAACUUGGCUGCUUGAUAUUUCUGCCCAACUGUCAUAACUAGUAUUGCUUUUUGCAUAUAUCCCUUCAACUAUGUUUCUUUGACAUGGAGAAAUGGUAUACCUAUUGUGCCGAAUAUCAGCCACAUGACUGUACUCAAAACGUGAGUGGUUUAGGCAAAUUGGAUGAUAGCUGAUUUGGCCUAAUUUCAAGGUGAACCACUUUAGCUGAAGGAUGUUUUCUGUCUACUUUGACUGCCUGCAGCAUCCACAGUGCCAGACUAUGAUGAGAGUAUGAGAGAUAUCCUUUCACUCAAAGUGUAAAGACGGAUAUCAGCCUUUCCCAGUUUAGUCCACACAGCCAUCAUUUCUAACCUAUGCAGUUUGGGAUAUCUCGGUCAAAGAGGAUAUUCAUAGUGAAAUCCACCAAUAAAAAGAGAAUUCACAUGUUAUUUCUUUUAUCUUAGAUGUGUGCUGAUAUCUUUGUAAAAUCACAAUAGUUGGCCGCCAUAAACAAAGGUAUCCAGGUCUCCGUCAAAGAGAGAGUUUUAGGAUUGUCUCUUCAUAGCAACAGAGUCUUGGCUUGCUAGCUUUGGGGGAGAUCUGAAGUGAACUAUCCCAGGUCGUGUGUGUGAAUUCUGUUUUUGAAGUGGAUUGUUGCUGCAACCUCCGAUGCAGUUCAUAAGUUAUUAACGAACAGUGGCUCUUCGGUCGUACCUGCAUCUUAGUCCUGUUUCUGACGUUUGUUUGAACAUGAAUGUUUCUCUUUUUUUUCUGUCUGUACUUGAGCAACACCAAAUCGAAUGCAAAUUUUGAAACUCUUAAUCCUAAAUAGACAACUUCUACAUCCAGUCUAUGGACUGUCGCUGCCUCUCACCUAACUGACAACUUGAGAACAAAAGUGUGUUGGGGAUACUUGAAUAAAAUUCAG